UGCCAGUCAGUGCCACCUAACAGUGCCAGUCAGUGCUGCUAUCAGUGGCAUCAGUGCCACCUAUCAAUGCCAAUCAGUGCCACCUAUCAGUGCUGCCAAUCAUUGCCACCUAUCAGUGCCAGUCAGUGCCACCUAUCAGUGUCAGUCAGUGCCGCCUAUCAGUGUGCAUCAGUGCCGCCUAACAGUGCCAGUCAGUGCCGCCUAACAGUGCCAGUCAGUGCCGCCUAACAAUGCCAGUCAGUGCCGCCUAACAGUGCCAGUCAGUG